AUGGCAGGAUACACCUGUGUCCAGUGCCUCCAGGUACUCCGCCGAGGAGCCUGGAACUCCGCACCCCAAGCUCGCCUGCAGAGCCUCACGCGCCGGAGGGCAAUGCCUUCUCUGGUCCGAAGCUUCGGCACGCAACGAAAACCGUUUGGCUCCAGCGAAGCUCAGCCAAAGCAUGUUCACGGGCAAAACUGCUGCGCGCCCAAGGCUUCGCCUCCCCAGCGAGCAGUACACACAGAAACGGGACCCUCCCUCAUCCGCCCGGCUAUGAGGCCAACCAAUUUAUUCCACUCCUUCACCAACUCGCCCUCGCCGGAAAUUCGCAAACGCGCCGAGUUCAUCAAGCAGAACGCAUUCUGCCCACACCCAGAUCAUCAGCAGACCCGCGCCCCCGUCUCUCCGCAUGACCCGGAGGCCAGAAAGGAGGCCACCAACACAACUCCCCCGGUCCAUUCGCACUUCGAAUGCCCCGACUGUGGCGUCCCAGUCUACUGCUCCGAGGGCCAUUGGAUGGAUGACUUUGAGGCUCACCUCGAGAUCUGUGACACACUCCGCCAGAUCAACGAAGAUGACCACGAUCUGCACUCCGGUCGCUUCUUCCCCGAGUUCGACUACCCCGGUCCACAGGAUGACAACUUUGUCAUCAACAUGGCAAACUGGGAUACUUUCCUGUACACUCGUGAAUACGAGGCUAUCAACGACGAUCGUUCCAUGCGCCAGGUCACCCGCAUGCUUACCUACCCGCAAACCAUCGGCAGUGUCCUGCACGAGCUGAGUCCGUAUGGCGUCCGAUCCGGCGGUCGUCUCACACCAGAGGGACUGAAGAGUAUGAGUGCCCUCCGUUACUCUCUCCACCCCCCGAAAUCAGGCGAAAGCACCGAUAUCAAGGGUCUCCGCGUGAAAGCACCACCCGUCCGCAUCUUCAUUCUAGGCGCACGCGCCGAAUCCUCUCUCCCCCGUGAUGUCUGGUUGCAACUGCAAUACAUGUACCCGCGGGCACUGCUGCACCUGAUCUUCAUUGGACCAGAGAGCAUGGCGAACCGGGACAGCGAAUUCCCGCUCCCUGAGCGCACACCCGAGAACCCAUUCGGUGGAAUCGUUGAAGACAGACUUGGUGGACAGAUGAAGAUCACGACAUACGUGGACUACUUCCACACGAUGAACAAGGCGCAGUACUUUGGGCCAUUCGACCCCUACCUCGAUUGCUUUAUGCUGUUCCACCCUGGUCUUGGACACCCGGCUAGCUCGCAUGAGUGGGAAGAGACACUACCUCAGUUGUUGGAGACUAAGGUGCCCAUUCUGUGUACUGGGUAUACACAGUGGGACUUGGAGAGAGAUAUCAACUGGGUUAACGAGAAGUGCGCGGGAGAGUUUGAUGUACUUCUCGAACCUGGUGAGAACAUUUUCCGCAGUUUGAGGUGGGAUCUGAAUGACCAGGAUCCCCAUGAUGUUUCGUGCGGAAAUUGGGGACUGUGGGCUUUCCGUGGAAAGAGAUAUGAGGCCAGUUUCGUUAAGGAGUAG